GGAGGCAGUGGAAGACAGGAGUGCCUGGCCCAUGGGGUCAUGAAGAAUCGAACAGGACUAAACAACUAAACAACAACAAGGACCUUGGAGCUCAGUGCUCUCUUGUUGUAGUUUGCUCUUUUGAAUCAACAGGUUAUCUACGUAUGAGAUGUGGGCAUUCACAUCUGUAUUAUAAGAAAUACAACCUUUGACGACCCAUUCUUUUCUAAGGCUGAUGGGCUGGCCAUUAAUCAUGUUAUUAUAACUUUGGUCCUCUAGUUUCCCAGGUCUACCAGAUUAUUGCUGAUACAGCAGCAUGGGCUGGGACUGAUUUGGUUGAUGAAAACCAUCAUCAGAUGAGAUCACUGUCAAACUGCAUCAUGAUUUGGUCUAGAUUUUCUGAGCUUAAAAGUGGAAAGAAGAAAAACACAAGUCAUUUAGGAACAUCAGUCUGCUUAUCACAUGGUCCACAGCCUACACAUUUUUGAUGUUCACAUUAAUGACACAAUAGAACUAAAAUUAGGACAUAUUAUUUCUGAGAAUAGGAGGAGAAUUGCUGACUGUCUGUAUUUCUUGAAGGGAGCCAGACUCUGCUUUUGAAAAUAAGCUGUAAAUGGUUAAAAUAACUUUAUUAGAUAAAGCUGAAUAGUUCUAUCAUUCUACUGCUAUCAUUCACACCAUGUUAGUAGAUAUGGGUGAUUGUUUUAUCUCUACUAGAAUUUAUAUAUGCAAACUGCAUCUUUGCAAUCUUGCUUGGGGUUGGGCAAACUAUGAUGAAUAAAUCAAAGCAAUUACAUGCACACAGUCCUGCCUAUAUCAGUCAUAAAAUUAAGUUGGUAAAAAAGUACAAAAGUCAGAAAUCACUAGUUUUAAAUAACUAAAGCUAUUGGCUUAUAUUCAACAUUAGUCAUACUCUGAAUGGCUCCAUGGACGUUAGUCUGUUGACUUCAGUAUGUCUAGGUAAAGGUAAAGGGGCCCCUGACCAUCAGGUCCAGUCGUGUCCGACUCUGGGGUUGCAGCGUUCAUCUCGCUCUAUAGGCCGAGGGAGCCAGCGUUUGUCCGCAGACAGCUUCCGGGUCAUGUGGCCAGCAUGACAAAGCUGCUUCUGGCGAACCAGAGCAGCGCAUGGAAAUGCAAGUAUCACCCACUAUAAUGGGUAGGAAACUGGAUUUUGCCAGCAGGCUGUGUUGUUACCUCCCUCACCAUUCUGCAAUCAACUGAUGCCACAAUGACACUAAAAUCAAAAUAUGUAGAUAAAGGCACAGUGAGGACACGUGAAGGCCCAUGCUUGCAGUUUUGCAAGCCCUGACAAUUUGCUGAUAGUUGGAGUUUACAAAACCAUGGUCACAGUGCUUAGCAGAUGCCACAAUCAACUGAUCAGAACUUUAUGGACUGGUAUGUACUAGGUUUCACAACACCAGGAUCCAGUUUAGACCCCCUUUAGUUCAGCCACAUGUUUACCUAUUUCACAGCUGACAUAUGCCUCUACCGUUUGCGAAUUUGGAUGGAUGUUUGGAUGCUAGAAGUGCUCUAGACAGGGUGUGUAAUAGUCAAAUAAAAGGUACGAUAUAGUUUCCAGGUGAUACAUACAAUUUCCUCCCUACUUCCAAGUGUACCUCGCCCAGAGGCAGCUGUAGGGGAGCAUGACUGGUGUGAUUGCACCAGGCACAGAGCUUCUGUUCUGGGGCGCUGGAAUAGGCACCACCUCUACCGGUAUUACUCCAAUGGAAGGUGAGAGGCGGGGGGACGGACAGACUGGCUUUUGCCAUCUCACAGGGCGCCGCUGAAAUUUGAGACGCCGAGGUCCACCACUCUUGGCUCUAUGUUUAUGGUUAUUGAUUUCCCAGCCAUCCAUGCCAAUUUUUACUAAAACUAAUGUCCUCAAAAUAAUUUAUGCUUACCAUCUAAACUUGUGCAAAUUUAAACUGGCACAAUGUAUUUAAAGAACACAUUUUUUCCUAAUGCAGAAUAUGGAAGUUUCUCAGUAUUUUUGCACCAUCAGCUGUAGCUUCUUGUCACAAAGUUUCAUUUUAUCCUACUUAGUGGAAAUAUUUUUGUAGAGGAUAUUUUUCCUAUGUUGAGGAACUUACCUAAGUAGUAGUUCUGAUGUUUAUAUAUACACAGAGAUAGACAAUUGUAUCUAACACUGAUUUUAAAUAAAACAAUUACAAUUUUGCAGACUGAAGAAAAUUCUUGUAUAUUUAUAAAGUAUAAGUGAAAAGUUCAAACACUAUAGGCCUUUCUCAUUAUGUGAUUUAUAACUGCAUAGACAAGCACAAUUGUGAAACACCAUAACUGAGUCAUACUUCUAUUAUAGAUUUAAGAGCUGACUGUGAAAACAAGCUGGGUGACACCUUGUUAUUUGCUCUCCAGGCCUUUGCAUUAGGACCACAUUGUCAUCCUGUUUGUUACGUCAAGGAGAGGAUACAAUAUGAGAUAAUAUGCACACAGAAAACUGCCACUUGCUAUUUCGCAACCCCCUUCCAAGUGUCCACUCAGUGGCUGGCCUAUAAGGGCAAAGAGACUCUGCCACUCUUGCAGUCCAGAGCCAGAGACCACUCUUCUUUUACCUUUCCCCCAUGCUACUGUAUGUUAUGUCUUCCUGCUUGGAGUCUGCAUCACUACUGCCUGGGUAUAUACCUCCAUAACCCUCCAGAAAAAGAAAGAUGAACACCAAAGUCCCUCCUGCAUGUUGUGGGAUUAUUUUCAGUUUAUGCAAUCAGCUGAUGUGGCUAAGAGGCUGGCGGCUAUCACAUCUGACCACGUGCACUCAAGGCAUAUUAAAUCUAACACGGAGCGGGUGUUGACUGGUUGGGUUCAGAGCGUGGUGAAUGUUUCAUUGUGUAAGGCAGAGGUUCCUGUAGUGAUGCAAUCACUCUUAAAGAAACUACAGUAGUCCUGGACACUUUGGACUGGAAAAACUAUCAAGCAGUUGCAGAUACGCACUUUUGGAGGCAGAUGGUGGAGAGAGUAGUGGCAUGGGAACCAUAAGCAUUAUUGGAUGGCACAAGUAAACAUGCAUUGGAUUGGACUUGGUGUGGUAAAAUAAAUUCGUUUCUGAAGGUAAUAUUUUCUGACUUCUCUAUAGGAAUAAUAUGGUCACUAUAUGUAAUUAUUAAUUAUAAUGUGAUUUCUAACACAGACAUAUGCAUUUUACUCAAAAGAAACUCCAUUGUGUUCAUUUGGACUUGCAGUCAUUGGAGUACACAUACAAGUGCAGACUUUCAGUGCUUUGCCUACCAUCAGCCCUGCCUAUUGUUAGCCCCGACUCUGCCUGCUGUUAACUGCCCUUCCCACUGUCCAACCUACCUCAGUGGACACCAACUUGCAUUAGUCAUGGCUGGUUGCAGUUGUACAGAGAAUUCCAUGCACACUGUGCCACUGGUGCUGCUCGCUCUGGUAGCAGUUGUUCACUAGCAGCAUAACCCAUGACUACCACACCCAGGAAGAAAAAGUUCUGACUUCACACUUCUUCUGCUGCAAAUGCUUGGCUGAAAAGAUCUAAUCUUAGAAUGCAUGGGUUAAUCUUUGGGCUUUUGGGUUUUUAAGCACAGGGGCUUUUGGGUUUUUAAGCACCCUUCUUUGUAAAACUGAUGGCUUGACACAGGAACUUGAGUGGUGAGAAAUAAGUGCUUAGGAUUGUGUGUAGCUGCCCAAGCAAGCACAUAAUUGCAAAACAUUAUGCAGUAUUGCAGGCAAAUAUGCAGAUACUUAGAAUUAGGGCAUUAAGUGGUAAAAACUUCUUGAUAUCAAUCUUAGUUGCUAGUUAUAAGCCACUUAUAAUUUUACUAUUCUUGUGUAGGCUGCCACUGGAUUUGAAGUAUUGUCACAUGCAUUGUUAAUAGUCUUAAAGUAUCAUCAUGUGUACUGUCAUGUGCAUUGCUAAAAGGUACUAUACUGCAGCCUUGUAAAUAAGCUCACAAUAAUUACUAGGCUGCAGUCUCUUUUCUUACUUUCUUACUAGUUUGCUUUGCUAAGAAAUUAGUAGCCUGCUUUUCCAUUGGGGAGGUUAAGGUUCUUAGCAGGCAAAUAAAAAGCUUUAUAACAAGUGGACUAGCGGAGGAGGGACGAGUGAUCUGUGAGUCUGCUUCGGAUUGUGAAAGAGUAGAUUUCCAUUCUUCAGGUGAUACCAGGACAAAGUGGGCUGCUGGAGGAAGGAUGGGGUCCUUCCAUGAAACCUUCUCACUGUCCGACAUGUACAAAAAAUGUACAUCAAUCCUGAGAAAAGAACUUCUCAAAACAGUAUUUUCUCAAUAGUCAUAAUACAUUAUUAAAUGCUAUCAGGUCAAGUGAACUUUUAAACAGCUGAUGACUAGGUAAUUCUGUACACUUGCCUUCCAUGGAAUUCCUGGCUACCUAUGGCUACUAGGCUAGUGAUUCUAUAUAUGUCUGUUGUAAUGCUUACAUCAAUGUUUCUCUUUUAACAAAGCACUUUAAGAUGGGAAGGUGGACCUUUAUAAAAUGUUCAUUAGUGAUGCAGAUGGCUCGAAAUAUGUUGCCUACAGUAUCUAGUUUUGUUUCAGGAGAAAGUGGUGGUGAAGAGUGCUAAAUUGGGGAUCUUAGAACAGUGAAAAACUGAAAGGAGGUGGACAAAGCAAUAGGAUUAUCAGUACAUCUUCCCUGUUCCUUCCAUCAUUAUUAAUUCAAAUGCUCUAGUUGCUUUUCUCAUCCAACUUCGGUAGGUAGUCAUCUCAACAUGCCUUCCAUAUUCUAAAGUCCUUGUUCUUGUUAAAAAUAAUAAAAAAUUGAGUUAAGUUUUUAAUCUCUUUUCAGUGUAAUUCUAGAACUUUUAAUGACUGAUUCUAUUUUUGUAGGUUAAAAUAUUAUGUCAGCUUGAAAUAAUGAGGCACAAGUAUCAUCUUCACAAGCUUCUAUUUUUGUUUAAUGCAGACAUGGACAGACUUCAGGGUGGUGAGAUCUAUUUUGUUUUUUGCAGGAAUGCUGAGGUUCACCAAAGGGACCCAGCUGGAUGAUGGGGCCAGUUACCUACUAAACCAAAUGAACUGUGAACUAGAGGAACUUGCAUAUAUAAGUACCAAUAUAUACCUGUUACCACAGAUCAGGAAAUUAUAACAAUCUCAUUGGCAAUUAUUUUGGGGGGGUUUGUGUGUGUGUUCUAGUUGUUAAAUAAUUGGGAAAAAGAAAACAUGCCUCUGCAAUGCAAAUAAUCCAGAGAUCAAUCUGCCUUUGCUUGUCUCUGUCUUAAUGAACUUCUCUUGUAGUUGUAAUGGAAAAAAAACCUUUAUAUAUUGAACCUGUUUGUAUUUACUGCAGGUACAUCAUGGGAGUUAGGAACCUAUAUUGCUGAAAUUACUUCUAAAUAAUAGAGCAUCAUGAUAACACUAAUCACCCAUGGGUGUAAUACCUAGUUACCAGUUUGAGGUCCUGUAUUUCUUACUUGCCUAGUAGUCGUUUCAACAUUAGCUUUAUGUUGUCCAUGAUAGCAACAGCACUAUUUCAUCUAACAGUAUACUAUUAAAAUAAUAGAAGGUUGAUGUCACAAGGUAAAUGCCAUAAUAGACAACAUAAACGGUAAUGUAAUGUUUAGAUGAAGGUCAGAAUCAUUUGGAGCAAUAUAAUGCUUUGUUAUACAUAGCACUGUUCACUCGUGUCUUUAUGUUAAUUCCUUAAAUUUAGUUUGACUCAGAUGUCUUUAUUUGGAAGACAACAGGUUUGAAGUUUAAUUAAUUCUAUGUUGUGGGCAUAGGUGGAAUUAGGUCAUACAUAGAAACAAUGUAAGUUUUGUAAUCUUGAGCUUACCUUUAUCCCAGACAUCAAGGGUGAGCUUAGCUGACAUGCUAAAAGUGCAGUUCUAAGUACAGUAUGUGCUCUCAGAAGUAGAUGUUGGUGAGUUCAGUGGUAUUUACUGCCAAAUAGGUAGGACCUAUGCAUAGGUUUGUAGUCUAAGCCUAGGAUCCUAAGCACACAUUUAGUUUUGGAACUUGAAUCUCUUUGCUUGAUGUAUUUUGGAGUUGGAAUGUAGAAUUUCAAUGACCCUUGAUUGGAAGUAACUAUGGGAUACAGUUGGCUGCAUCCCUCUUUUUGAAUUUGAGGUAUGUUGCAUGUGGUUGGACAGUGUUCUCGAAGCUACCAAUAGGAGUCUGACCAAACAGUGAGAGGCAGUGGAAGACAGGAGUGCCUGGGGUGCUCUGGUCCAUGGGGUCAUGAAGAGUCGGAAACGACUAAACAACAACAACCUCAGUUUGUAAAAGUCUGCAUAAACAAAAAUAUAUUCAACUGGCAUCUAAACAUGCUAAACAAAGGUGAUGAUUGGGAUGGGGGGCAGCCUGGCCACGGAAGCAGAUGCUACUUCUGCCAUCCCUUUUCUGAAUUUGUCCAGAGUUUCCCAAUGCCAUACUGUGACAUAUCUCCUAUUCCCUACUAGUAAAGACACCCUAGUUUCAUUUUCAGCUCAUGCAGGCACAUACCGUAGUGCUAACUAUGCAAUUAACAAAAAGAGCUAUAAUGCAGUGAAUCACAUUGGCACAUAUAAAGAAUGCAAAUAGAAUUAUUAAACUGUGUCAUAUGAACAAGGUACUUAAAGUGCUCAGCAUCAAUACAAUAGUACCUCCAGUUACGAAUGGGAUCUGGAGGGCCAGCCGCAUCCUGAAAACUUUGUAACGGCAGGUGCCCUUCUGCACACACAUGCAGCGUGAUUGAGCACUUCUGCGCACGCAUGCAGAGCGCUUCUGCGCAUGCGUGCACAGCGAAACCCAGAAGUAUACAUUUCCGGGUUUGCCGCCUUCGUAUCCAGAGGGAUACAUAAGCAGAGGUAUGACUAUAUGCAAAACAAUUGUAAUAGUUGCAGAAAACAGUUUUAAUAACCAAAAUAAUAAAUAAACAGCGUAAUAAACUUUUAAGCUAGUAAAAACAUGCAAACCUUCAAAAGUGCACUAUACCUAGUCAGUGCUUUUUUCUAAAAAAAAUAUGUUUAGGGGGUACUCUCAUUUCCCUGUUGCUGCUGUUUAGUCAUUUAGUCAUGUCCGACUCUUCGUGACCCCAUGGACCACAGCACGCCAGGCACUCCUGUCUUCCUCUGCCUCCCGCAGUUUGGUCAGGCUCAUGUUGGUAGCUUCGAGAACACUGUCCAACCAUCUCGUCCUCUGUCGUCCCCUUCUCCUUGUGCCCUCAAUCUUUCCCAACAUCAGGGUCUUUUCCAGGGAGUCUUCUCUUCUCAUGAGGUGGCCAAAGUAUUUUCCUACUCAUGUUUAAAUACUCUCCCUCAAUGAGGCCAACCUUAGAUUCACAAAAUGUUUAGGGGUAUGCGUACCCCUGCAUCACCUCAGAAAAAAAGCAUUGCCUUUAGUACAGAACUGCAGUUUAUAACUCACCUUAAAUCUCAAGAUAUUCACAAAAUAUUUGGGGUCCUAAUUUAUAUCUCACAUAAGUUCAACCCUGCCACUCACCAGAAAGAACUGAAGUACGUUCACUUGCACUAUUGUUGAAUGAAGCACUAUAUAGUUCUCUGAGUCCCACUAUGAGCUCCACUAGUAAACCAUCCACCAGCUUGUGGAGAGUAGGGUGUGUCCUGUCCCCAUGAUAUCCCCCAAUUGGCUCUGUAAAGGGUUAACUUCCUUUGCUGUUUCCCCAACAGGAUCAGCCCACAAGUCGCCUCCCACAGCCAGAUCAGUUUUAGUGAGCUCCACCUGGAAGGUGUUGGGUUUUAGCUUCUAAUCAGUCCCAGUCUGGCUGCAAUUCAGUUUGCAAUGCAAGUCAGUUUGCUGAUGAAACAGCAGCAGUUGGUGAAAAAAACCAGUCUUUCCAUAUGGGGAUGGGGAAGCCUUGGCAUCGUGCUUUUUCUAAUAACAUUUGGACCAUUCGCUAUAUUUUACUUUGCAUUUUAUAUUCUCUGCUUCGUGGGUGGGGGCUUUGUGGUAACACUCUUGUUUGGGAAAAACAACUCAGAGACGUACCUUGAACGGUGUGAACACUCCUAUCUUCCUCCAACAUCGUUUGGUAUUACUAAGUGCAUAGAAGAAAUGAAACAGGAAAGCAAGCCUAUUAAGAUUGAUAGGAGGUUGACUGGAGCCUAUAUAAUUGAUGAACCUUUGCAACAGGUUAUCCAGUUUUCCUUGCGUGACUAUGUCCAGUAUUGGUAUUACACACUAAGUGACGAUGAAUCCUUUCUUCUUGAAAUCAGGCAAGCUCUCCAAAAUGCACUAAUUCAGUUUUCUUCUAGGACAAAAGAAGUAGAUUGGCAGCCUUAUUUUACCACCCGGCUCGUAGAUGACUUUACCACUCAUCUAAGAGUAUUCAGAAAAGCUCAGCAAAGGAUAACAGAGAAAGAGGAUCAGAUUACGGAUGGGGCAGAAGACCUUGUAAAUACUUUUUUUGAAGUUGAAGUUGAAACGGAAAAGAGAGUUUGUCGUGAUCUCGUCUGCACAUCUCCCAAAGAUGAAGAAGGAUUCCUAAGGGAUCUGUGUGAAGUUUUACUGUAUUUAUUGCUACCUCCUGGAGACUUCCAGAACAAGAUCAUGAGAUAUUUUGUCAGGGAAAUCCUUGCUCGAGGAAUUCUUCUUCCAUUAAUAAAUCAGCUCAGUGAUCCUGAUUAUAUUAAUCAGUAUUUCAUAUGGAUGAUUCGUGAUUCAAUUUGCAACUAUGAGGCCUUUAUGAACAUUAUUAAAGUAAGUGACAAAGUAGGGGAGUUGGAAGCAGUAAGGGAUAAAGCAGCAGAAGAACUACAGUAUCUUCGAUCUUUAGAUACAGCUGGAGAUGAUAUCAACACUAUAAAAAAUCAGAUAAAUAGCUUAUUGUUUGUGAAGAAAGUAUGCGAUUCAAGAAUACUGAGGCUGCAGUCAGGAAAAGAAAUAGAUACUGUGAAACUGGCUGCAAACUUCGGAAAACUUUGCACAGUCCCUCUGGACACCAUUCUUAUUAACAAUGUUGCACUACAAUUUUUUAUGGAUUACAUGCAGCAGAUGGGCGGCCAAGCACAUCUCUUUUUCUGGAUGACCGUAGAAGGAUACAGGGUUACAGCACAGCAGCAGCUGGAAGUACUAUUGAGUCUUCAGAAAGAUGGAAGGCAUCAGACUACAGAAACCAAAGGCCUAUUAAAGUCAGCUGCAGUUGGAAUUUAUGAUCAAUAUUUGUCAGAGAAGGCAUCACCAAGAGUCGAUAUUGAUGAUACCUUGGUUGCAAAACUGGAAGAGAAACUGAAUAAUGAGGAUCCAACCCCCGAAAUCUUUGAUGAGAUUCAGAGAAAGGUAUAUGAUAUGAUGCUCCGGGAUGAACGGUUCUAUCCUUCAUUCAGACUGCAUGUCCUCUACGUCCGAAUGCUUGCUGAGCUAGAUAUGCUAAAGGACCCUAGCUUCAGAGGAUCAGAUGAUGGUGAAGGGGAAUCAUUCAAUGGUUCUCCGACUGGCAGCAUUAAUUUGUCAUUGGAUGAUCUUUUAAAUGUGCCUGCCGAUGAAUCAAUACAAUUACAUGCAUAUAUUUCAGAUACCGUUUAUGCUGAUUAUGACCCAUAUACUGUGGCAGGAGUUUGCAAUGACCACGGCAAGACAUACGCGCUAUAUGCUAUCAGUGUUCGUCGUCGAACCCCAAAUGGUGAUGAAGUAUGGAAAACAUAUCGUCGCUAUAGUGACUUCCACGACUUCCACAUGAGGAUUACUGAGCAGUUUGAAAAUCUAGGAAGUAUGUUAAAGCUUCCUGGUAAAAAAACAUUCAACAACAUGGACAGAGACUUCUUAGAAAAAAGGAAGAAUGACUUAAAUGCAUAUUUGCAGCUUUUGUUAACUCCUGAAGUGAUGAAAUAUUAUCCAGCUUUAAUACACUGUGUGUAUGACUUCUUGGAAAACAAGGCAUACAGUAAAGGAAAGGGAGAGAUUGCUCGGAAGAUGGACACAUUUGUAAACCCACUGCGUAACUCUAUGAGAAAUGUUUCAAAUGCUGUCAAGUCCUUCCCUGACAGCUUCGCAGAGGGGAUGACUAAAAUGUCAGACAACAUGGGCAAAAUGUCAGAAAGAUUGGGACAAGACAUAAAGCAAUCAUUUUUCAAGGAUCCUCCUUUAAUCCAGAAGACAUACGUUGAUCCUAAGCACUGCCGUGUUGCAGCACAAGUUGAAGACAAUGUGGAGGACAAUGUUCCUCUUAAAAUAAUGCUGCUACUCAUGGAUGAAAUCUUUGAUCUAAAGGAGAGAAAUCAAUGGCUACGACGAAAUAUCAAAAACUUGCUUCAGCAGCUUAUUAGAGCAAUGCAUGGAUAUACAAUAAAUAAAAAAAUAGUAGAUCAUGUUGAUUGGAUGACAUCUCCUGAACAAGUAGCAGAUGCAGUUAAACGUUUCAGAGAUGCCUUUUGGCCCAAUGGAAUUUUAGCUGAGACUGUUCCCCGCAGAGACAAUGCCAUUAGAAUGCGAACGAGAAUUGCUGGAAAAACAAAAUUACUAGGGAUGAUGCCAGAUGAAUUGAAGCAUAUCCUAGGUGCUGAGACUACAAGGAAAGGCAUUCUCAGAGUCUUUGAAAUGUUUCAGCAUACUCAGCUGAAUAAGAGGAUGGUAUACGUCUUUCUGGAGGGCUUCUUGGAAACUUUAUUUCCAGCAAAUGAAUUCCCUGAACUCUUCAAAAAACUGCAUUCACCCUCAAAGCAGAUGCAGCGAUAUAAGCAGAGACUGCAAUCUACACAAGCGCCUUCUUUACAGAAAAGGUGACACUCCAGAUUUUUAAGUUGGUGUCCAUUUGCCCAGGACUUGGGCAGGUUCUCUGGGGCUUAAAACUCUCAUGCUGUUAUUUCUGCACCGGUCUUUUAGUGUCACAUAUUAGAUUAUUAAUGCAUCCAUACGAGAUAAUCAUUCAUCUCAUCCUCCUCCUCUUAUGCAACCACUACCAUGAACUGGGUUCAUGUGUCUAAAUGAUUUGGUGCAUCUUCAUGCAACAUUGAGAAGAAUAUUAGCCCACUCUGUAAGAAUGUCUGUUCCUUCCACUCUUGACGGAAUCUAUGAUUGCCAGCAAUGAAAAGUGCUAGACUGUGUCAGUUGAGUAAUAAGUAAAGCACAACUGUGGUGAUAGCAAUGGAGGACUUGGCUGCUUUGCUCGGAACUGGGAGAUUGUGCAAUGUGAAAAUCAGGUGCAAUUUGAUUUGCAUUAUGACUGUUGAGGCCUUGUAGGUCUCACUGAGCAGCUCUGAAGUGGUUGAGCUAGCAUGAAAGAAGUCUUUUGAACAGAUGGUUCUGAAAAAAAUUAUUAUUUUCCCAAACUACAUUUGCUAACUAAAGGUUGAAGUAAUAUUUGCGAAAGCCGUGUUAGCUUCCCUUUCCAGAAUGAUGAUGAUAAUAAAUAACUAAGUAUAUUCGUUGGUUUUAUUACUUAGUCCGGGUGGGUACACAUAAAGAAAAACAUCUUGGUUUGAAUUAGCCUGCUUAGUGGUCUUGUUUUGCUCUUCAAUAACAGUUAUUGUAUUCUGCAUAUAAUUUUUAAAGAAGAAAGGCUCAUAAUAGCACUUAGUGAAGGGAAGGACAGAUGUUUAAAAAAAUUGGAUUAUCACAUUUAUUUAUUAGGAGUUUUGGGGGCUAGGAAACAGAAGCAAAUUAAAAUACAACGUUCUCAACAUUAAGAAACUAUUAUCAGAAUGGUUUUACUUUAUGCCAUUAAUUGUCACCCUUAGCUUUAUUUAAGUGUGUUCACCUCAAGAGGAAAAUUGCAGAAAUGACUUGGUUUCUUACUGACAUAAGUCUUCUGGACUUCAUUGAACAGUCAUAUGCAAACAAUUGCAAAUUCCUGAAUGCACCACAGUGUAUAUAUGAAAAUAAGAGACACAACAACAAUAUUUUUUUAAAUAACAAUCUUUUUUAUUUUUUGCAUAAUGUAAAAUUUUAAUAAAUAAACUUCUUCUACACAAAGCCCCCUGUCUAUCCUCUUUACUUCCAGACAUAAUGUCUAAUUGAGAAUGAAGUAAUAAUUUACUACUUUUGCUGAGCCUUAAAUUAUCUUGGAAUCUCCUUUUCCCGAAUCUCCUUGAUGAGCACCUCCCAUGAUCAAGGAAUUUCAAAGCAUUAUGUAUAAUCCCCUUAAUAGUCUACUAUAUAGUUUGUUUAAGAUCCCGAGAAAAUAUCCCAAAUAGUAGUCAUUUAAUGCUCUGAUACUAAACACAUUUGAUUUUACUCAACAGGGCUGACUUAAAAACAAUGUGUUUCAGGUUUGGGCAUAAAUGCAGUGCCUAAAGAUCUUGCAAAACAGGUCCUCCAAUGUAGGGGGGAAAAUCAAGAGAAAAUGGCUUUAACCUCGAAAGAGAAAAAGCAAUAUUUAUUGAGAGGGUAUCCAAGAAAUACAUGUGUUUUUAAGGCAUGAACAAGGAAGUCUACAGCCCUUCCCCUACCCACUAUCCUUAUUUGGAUUCCAUUCUUGCUGUGAAGCCUACUCAGUAAUGGCAAAACUGCAAAAAAGAAAAAGAUUUUUACAUCUUCAUUACAGUAUGCAUGUCUUCAAGUGCAAUUGUUCUCCCCUAUCUCUACAGAUCUAUACUAUACGUGUAAUUCCCUUUUACCAGAAUCAGAACAGCUUAAGAUAACAUGUAUGAAGUAUUCUUUCUGUAGCCUCCUCAAUGCUUUUAAGUAUAGGUGGCAAUUGACAUGAAUCUCUCUCAUAUAUACACACACUUUUUUAAAAAAAACCUUAAGAUUUGUUCCUCAAUCUGUGGCCUAAUUCUAAUUGAGGUAGUAGAACUGUCUUGACUCUAUUACUUUUCAUUGCAGGGGAGGACUUGCACGGUUGAUUUUUUUUAAAAGCACUGCAGGUAGAACAGAAACCCAUCAUGUUGGGACGAAAUAAGCUUGCUGAUCUUUCCCUGUAAAGUUAGUUUUCAGUGUGCAGGCAUCACCUGCAAUUUGAAGUUGAAUGAUCUACACAGGUAUACUAUUCAAUGAAAACUUAGGCCUAUGCCAUCUCUUAAUGACCUUUAUUCCUUCCCAGUUUGACUUUUACAACAGUAGAAUGAUAUAAUCCCUGUGAAACACUGGAUAAUAAGAGAAAAGGCAGGCCUAAAUACAAGUCGUAAUACAGCCUCAAUAUAUGACUCGAGUCUAAUUUUCAAUACUUCAAAGUGGAAAUGAAUAGCAAUCUAUAGUAUGUGGUAUCUCUUACCCCUGGGCCAUCUACAUUAGACUUCAGAAUUAUGUUCAAUUGUUGAAUUUUAAAAUUGAUUACAUAUCCAAAAAAAUGUGUGAAUGAAACAAAGGUGUGUUGUUUCUUUGAAUGCAAUUAUUGCACAAAGGGUUUUUUCCAUCUAUAUUUAAUUUCAGAGCGUGCCUGUAGACAGGAGCAGUCAAUUUGUACACUUCCUCCUGAUUAGUUAUUAUGCAUUGUUCCCAUGUUGUCCAUUCACAUCAUCUCAACUAUAGCCCCCUGUGUUAUUUAAAAGCGCCCCGGAAUUGAUUGUGUAAAUGCAGCAGAUACUUAGCCAGGUGUGACCUGGUCUGAGAAUGCUGUGACCAGCCUCUGAAAAUAAAUGUGCCAUUGUCCAGCAAAAUGCACUUAAUUUUAGCCUUAAUUGAGAGAGAAUGAACAGUAAGGUGGAAUAUUUCAUAUGGUUCAUCCUCAAGCUUCUGCCUCUGGUGUUUGCUAUGACUAAACAAUUAAUUUUAAAUGCUACCAGAAUGUGUAAUAAUUUUUAAAAGUAAAAUACGAAUUCCACAACCUCAGUUUUAAUUUAGUGCAAUAUUUUCCUGUAACGCAUGUGUAUUUGAAUAACUGUUUAAAAAAGAGAGAAAGUUUUUAAGGUUUUGAGAUCAAAGGUAUACUGUCUUAACCAACAAUGUAUAUUCUGUUAUUGCUGCUGUGUUGGCUUAUCUAAGGACUUGUUUUAAAAGUCUGGUUUGUCACUCCUUGUAAAUCCCUACUUCUCUGUGCUCGAAUGAGCAUGGUUCUUACAUUGCAAGGAGCAAAAUCUAAAGAGCACAUCUGAAUAUAGCUGUUAAAUAAAUGACUUGUGCAUAUCAUUGUACAGUAUGUGUCAACUGUGUGCCUAAUGGUUCUUUCAAUAUCUUCCCCCUUUUUCUUUAAUGAAGAAUGAAAACAAAUUUGGAAUGCCAUGGUCUCUCUUUCUGACGGCUAAGAACUCUAAGUUUUUAUUUGGAGUUUGCAUUAUGUUUGUCCAAUAGAGAAGUUCAGAAAAGUACACUAAUAAAAGUAUUAACAAGAAAACUUGGAAUUUGUCUUAUUUGGUUAAUUUGACUGUAGCCCAUGUGAAAUAGCAGAUUUGCUGCAGUGAGAUCUUUGCAAUGGUGAUCACAUGUUUAGGAGAACAAAAUAAAGGAGAUU